AUGGGAAUAGAGCCUCAUGGAGGCGGAUAUUUUUUACUCUUUUCUUUUUUUUUUUUUAUUAUUAUUCCCUUUUUGUGGUUUAUAACACGUGCCGUUUUAAUGGGGGAAAAAAAAGAAAAAAAAGAAAAAAAGAGGAUAAGGGGAGACUUCAGCGUCUUCUUUAUUUUUAUAGAUUUGUUAAGAAUGACUGAACGCGUCCCGGUGCGGCCAAAAAAGAACGCAUUGACGUUUUUAGUUGUUGCCGCAGUUGUGUCUGUCUACGCAAUAGAGUGGGUGGAGGUGGCGGCGGCGGGUGAUGCAGCGAAGGGGAAGGACGAAAAUGACAUGGACGAGGUGCAGUGGGCCUAUUUGGUUUUUGCGGAUUCCAUCCUUCUUCUUUUUGCUGCCCUUUUUGCCGGCUUGACGCUUGCCAUCAUGGGCCUUGACACCCUGUCUCUUGAAAUCAUCGCGGACAGCGGCUCCGAGCCCGACAAGACGUAUGCUGGCAAAAUUUUGCCGAUACGUCGACUGGGCAAUCAGCUUUUGUGCACAUUGAUAUUUGGUAAUGUUAUGGUGAACACGCUGAUUGCACAAAUCACGGAUUCUCACAUUCAUGGAUGGGUAGCGACUAUUGUUUCAACGGCCUUGACAACCGUUGGAGGGGAAGUUAUUCCACAGGCUCUAAUGUCUGCUCAUGCUUUGCAAGUAGGAGCGAAAAGUGUUUAUCUUGUGAAUCUAUUUGUAGUGCUCUUUUACCCCGUGUGCAAGCCGCUUAGUAUCUUCCUUGACCAUUUCAUUGGAACCGAUCCUGGGCAAAUAUACGAGCGCAAUGAGCUCAAAAAGCUAAUGUUUAUGCAUGCUGCUCACGGUUCCGAGUCGGGUUUGGGUGAAAGGGAGGUGGAUCUCAUGGUAGGCGCAAUGGAGCUUCAUGAGAAGACAGUAAUGGAUGUUGUGACACCCAUUUCGGAUGUCCUUAUGCUCGAAGCAAGUGAGCCAUUGAAUGAGGAGACGAUUCAACUCAUAUCCGAACGCGGUCAUAGUCGUAUCCCAGUGUACCAGAGGAACAAAAAUAAUAUUAUUGGCGUUCUCUUUGCAAAAGACCUUUUAAUGAUUGACCCAAGAGAGAAUACGCCAGUGUUGUUAUUGGUGAAAUUCUACAAUCGGCGUUGUCAUAUUGUUCCUUCAGAAACGAAGCUUAUAUCGAUGCUUAAAUAUUUCCAAACAGGGAGGUCUCAUAUAGCUUUGGUCCAGGAAGUACAGCAACGGUCUUAUGGGGAUCCAUACUACGAGGUAAAGGGACUUGUCACUAUGGAGGAUGUGAUUGAAGAACUUAUUCACAGCGAAAUAUUUGAUGAAUACGACAUUGAUCCACAUCACUCGUUCGCUGGGUCUCAACUAACUUCAAAACGGCAAGUAGGAUUAAACCCAAGGUGCUCACGCCGAGUCAAUCUAAGUGCAAACCAACUCAAGGCAUCUGCAUUGUUUCUAUGUGAAUCUAUUCCAGAUCUUAAUUUUUAUGCGCGGGAUGUAAGUUCCUUUUUACCACAAGCCAUUAGUAUACACGGAACCGUUUACAAGGUUCGUCCUCCCGCCGAUGCACGUGGACUUGAACAGGACGAUAAGGCAAAUGUUUGGCUUUAUCGCAGUGGUGUACCUUCCGAUACCUUUACGUUGAUCAUCACUGGCAGAGUGGAGGUGUUUGCUGGAAAGGAGGAGAUCAGAUUGGAGCUUCCAAGUUGGUCACUUGUCGCCGCAGAGGCUCUCACAAUGGAGUCGUAUGUUCCAAACUUUAGCUGCCGAGUCGUGAAAGACAGCACCCUCAUGCAGAUCACUCAUGCGGCCUUCCAAAAAAUAUUGUCUAUGCUGAGUGAUGGUCAAUCUUCAGGUUUUUGCAGGUUCCAAAAGUCAGUUUGCUUCUGUUGA